AGUUGGGAGAGAAGCCUAUGAGUUCAGGUCUAUUUGUGGGAAGCUGAUUGAGUGCUGAGAAGGGACAGGGAGAGGGCAGAUCUACACAGAGGAUUUUAAAAGAGAUUUUUUUUCUUCAAAGAUCACCAGUCAUCUGAUGAAAGGACCUAUGUGGACUGGAAAGUUUGUGUGCUAAACUCACAUAUUGUAAAAAAAACCCUUUUUUAAAAGGAUAUGAAUCAAGGUCAGUGUUUUUGAGACCUGGACCAAAUUUGGAUGUAAAGGAGAGGAGAGUUGGGGACACACACCUGCUGUGGAGAGAUAGGAAUGGAGGCAGUCUGUCCAUCAACAGUCUUGAGCACAGCACAACGCAACACAUCUGAUAGUUCACACCAAAAAUCUACCAUACAGUUCAGCACUGGAGAUGUACCCUGGAGAGAAUGACACAGAGGUCUGGCUGUACUGGACUGAACCUUCGUUCCUCAGGUGGUACAUUUCUGUAGCAUGUGACGUCAGUAACAACUCGCUCAAUUCCAGUUUCACACCACCCAACUCAAGAAGUGAUCACACUGUGAAUUAAAAUAUCUUAAUAUUUACAUCUGCUAAUACAGGAGUCAACACAUAGCUGCAAAGUGAACCCCACUCAGCAAGGAAUGAGUUUUCAGCACUCACCUCAUUGGAACAGCACUGAAUAUGAAAACUCAUGAAAAACAAAGAUGGUUCAGCUCUUGGAUAUACAGUUAUCAAAUAAAACAAUUCAAAUAACCACAAAAUAAUCCUCUUGCUUUGUUCUGGUGGAUUAUCUUCUGGUAAGGAAGGAUGUCGCCACAGAAUCUGAUAGAUAAAUAUAUCAAGUCCAAUAUCAGCUCUCAAUGUGUGCUACAAAAGAUUCACCAAACUUUUUAUCAACUGUUGUAUCAGCUCCCUACACUCAUUAGAAACAAGUGAUAUAGUUAUCAAAAAGCUGUUGAGAGACAUGCCAAUCUAACACUCAGCUGUCUUAAUUGGACUGACUCACUAACUUUUUUCAGCGUUUUUUGCACUUCCUUCCCUGUGUCCCUACUGUGCUGGCAAUGUGUGUGUCCCUGCCUGUGUCGUCAGCAAAGUUUUGGGGCGUCGUCUCCUGCCUCAGAGACUCCUAUAGUAACAGCGCCCCCUGUGGCACAAGGACUGACCUGCGGCACUAGGAGCAAGGAAGAGGCGGAGGAGGGGGGUGAGAGAUUGCUUACCAGACUCGUGUUCCUGAUUGGGUCAGGAAUGGGGAGGAAGGAGACCAAUCCAGCACCUGAGCUAGGCUGCCCAUCUGCAGCCGGUCGGGGUUGGAAAGGAGGAGGCUUUAAGGAAAUGAAGGAGGGCAAAUCUCAUUCUGGACAGGUGCGAUUCCAGAAGGCGAGUAAGGAAAGACGGGAAACAUGUCUGGGGUUGUCACCACAGCGAUGGGGCUCCCAAACCUUUCCCCUGGUGCCUGGCCUGCGGAAUGUAGCAAUACAGACCUCACCCAGCCUAAAAGCGCAGUACCCUUCCUUCAGAAGGAGGAGACGAGCUGAGUUACUCUCUCCCACACAGGCAAGCAAAUCAGGGCAGUUUGCAGGAGUAGGUCCAGUCAGCAGGAGGAGCAGUAUCCAGACAUCGUCUAAUAGAGGGUCUGUGGACCCCAGAGACAAAGUGCGAGGAAUUUCAAGUGAUUUCAAAGGAAUUCCUGGCAACCAAGAUGGAAUGAGAGGCAUUUCUAGUCAUGUUAAAGAGUGCGUGUCCUCUCACGUCAGAAUGGGGGCGGUUACUCAAAGAGACAGGUUUAAAGCUGUCACCAAAAAGACAGACACAGUACCCCCUACAAACAGUUCACAACAGUGCCAACCCAAAUUGGCAGAGUCUCUGCAGAAAGUUGACAAUGCCCAUAGCGUCUACCUUGAACCUGUUGUCAUACACACUAUAACCAGCCAGUUAGGUCAGAGUCAGAGAGGAGUUUCUUUUAAACACAGCCGUUCUCAGAACUGCAACACUGAUGAACACAGAGCCGCAUCCCCCAGACAUGAGGAGUGUACUGGGGCUCCAAGCUCAACACAGCAGCUGAAGCCUUCAAUAACCUUUUCCUCCCUGCUCCAGCAUGGCAACUGCCAAGGUUCUGGUCUUCCAAGUUGGAAGGCCACCUGUCCCAGGAGAAGGGAGGGCUCUUCGGGCCAUGGACAGGACCAAGAAUCCUCUGCUUCACACUGCCACGUAGAGGUCCCACAUCAUGGGCCUGGAACUACGGCCCUGAACACUUGCCCUUCUCCCUUGGCUAAUGGGGGUCCUGCAGCAUUGGAGUGCAGGCUGCACACCAUAGAGGAGUGCCUCCAUUCCAACCAGGAGAAGAUCAAAGUGCUGCUCAGUGUCAUCCAGGACUUGGAGAGGAGCAAGGCGCUCAGUGAGGGACGGCGUUCCUACCGAACAGGCCAGGACCUCAAUAACUGCACCACCUGUCAGAAAACUGCCUGCAUCAUUUACAGUGUGGAGCAUGACUUCAGGCAACAGGAGUGUGGAUUUCAGGGGGUCAUGCAAUUACUGGAAAAGUCACUGGAAAAGGAGGCAGAGAAUCCCCCAAAACCGCAACCCCUAAAAACAGAGCCAGCCACACCACGCCAACCCACCGUGGGACACCGAGCCAAGAGCAAGUCUAAAAAACUGCAGAAGAAAUGCUUCUGGUGGCUGUAGACAUUCUGCUUCUGCUUCGGAGGUACCCCAUCACAGAGCAAACAUCUUUCAACUACUCUAACCAUGUCUUUCUGUCACAAGUAAUUCAUUCUUCUUCUUCUAACUGUAUUAGUCAAGGAAGGCAACUUCAGUCCUUCCAGUCCACAUUCUUUGUUCCAACAAUGUCUUUAAUUAUUAAACUGAAACCAAUUAAACUUCUAGCUAAGUUUCAGUUCACAGCACACAUAAGAGCAAGAUAUGAGAGGUCACUGGUGGUAAGCCAACACUAUUGACUUGUGCUUUAUGUUUGAAAUAUUUAAUCCCCCCCACCUCCAGUAUAUUAUAGAGCAAUGUAUUUAAUGUUUUUUUUUUUUUUUUUAUUCCAAUUUGUUAUAAAGCAAAGCACAAGGCUGACUUAACCAAACUUUUGUUUCUUGAAAUCAAACUUUAUACAUGUUCAAGCUAAUUGUAUUGUGGCUCCUCCCCUGCUCUUCAUGUCAUCCAGUCUUGUUCCUGAAACUGUCAAAGAGGUGGGUGACUCCCACCGGAGCAGUUUGAAUUAUUCAUGAGUGGGUUGAAAGUCAUGCGCAUCCCAGCUAUUCAAUGGGUGAAAUAACAUUACUGCCAACACCCUGCAGUGAUAUGUUUAUUGCAAGUGGGGUGGCAUAUAAAUUGUAACUACAUUGUAACCCUAAUUACAUUGUAAUUCAUGCCACUUAUUUUAUUUUUAUAUGUCUACAAACAAAACGAAAUGGUUGAAUAUUUUUCUAGGUGAUUUAGUGAUAAGAUUUGCACUGUAAUUCUAAAUUUUUUGGAACUGUUUGUUAUUAAAAAAAAAAAGUAUAAUAAAAAGCCUC